AUGGACUUUAAAAGACGCCAGGCCGAUUUCUUCAUCUUAUCAAAACUUAAGUUGAGUUAUUCUCAGACCUCGGUGGUCGUUGUUGCAUGGGUGUGCUUCUCGCUUGGCCGAAAUCUGAAAGAAGUAGGCUUCUUCACAGGUUUUGCUACAACACUGUCUACUUCAAGUGUAGCUGGAAGUGAGGAACAACAGACAGGCGAAGACUGCUUGCUCACCACUGCUCGUUCGCCGUCUACUCGAUCCCAUCCAACUCAAAGUCCAGCCGGUAAACUCUAUCUUGAAGUUGUGUGGCAAGUAAAGCGGCGUAAAGACAUGGAUGUGACGAGACAAGAAAGUUGA